AUGCUACUAUUUGCGCUCUUCUUGAUUGUUUGCUUCGCCUAUCCGACUCUUGUCCGCUCUGCCUUUUUCCCAGCUGCCCUUCCAUUGGCUGUUCGCUCCCCAUACUUCCAAUGCUACGCCGACACUCGCGCUGGUAACAAUGUUAAUAACCAAUGGCCCCAGUUCUGGACUGAGAGUAGGAUUUUGGGCUGGAGUGGAUGGAUUCGCAUCGACGGCUCGACCUUCCAAUUGUGGGGAGAUUCCCCUGGGACUGCCACGAACUUGACUAGCUUCGAGGUUACUCCCACUCGCACCAUUUUAUCCAUACAUGCCAACACAACGAAUGUGAAUGUGACAUUUUUGGGUCCGAUAGAGCCGACAAAUUUAGUUCUUCAGUCACUGCCCUUUUCAUACGUUUAUAUUGAUGUAGAGUCGAACAAUGGACAAGAGCAUUCAUUACAGCUCUAUUCGGAUAUUAGCGCUGAAUGGAUCUCUGGUGAUUCGAAUUCUUUGGCCGAGUGGACCACCAUUACAACAGAUUCUUCGGCAAUCCAUAAAGCUUAUAGACAGUUGCCUUAUUCGAUGACAGAGAUGAAUAAUUUGGCUGAGGACGCAAAGGUUUAUUACGCCUUUCCUAAAAGAAACACAUGGGACAAUACAACUUAUGAGACUGGUAAUGACACCGUUGUUCGGGCUGAGUUUAUAACAAGGGGUACUUUGGACAAUAGAGGAGACAUAGAUAUGCGUGCAAUUGACAACCACUUUGUUGUCCUCGGUCAUGCCGUCAAUCUCAGUAACAUUGCCAGUACAACAUCGUCAGUUGUCUGGGCAAUAGGGCUUGUCCGUGAUCCAGUAAUUAGUCUUUACUCGACGACCACAAAUAGCACUCGUAGUUCAUAUUUUUGGACCGCAUUCAAUACGGACAGCGAUGCGAUCGAUUCGUUUCUCAACGAUUUCUCCAAUGCCAAGCAAAGAGCUAUCGACCUCGAUAAUAAGAUCAUGUCCGAUACCCGUCGGGUCUCUGAUAAUUAUGCGGAUCUUGUCGCCCUCGCAGCCCGUCAGGCCUUGGCCGUAGAUAUCACAGUAUCCAGAGACAGUAAUGGACAGUGGAAUACGUCGGAUGUUAUGUCUUUCAUGAGGGACAUGGGUGAUUCCCGUCGCGUCAAUCCCGUCGAAAUAUUAUAUGCAUCUUUCCCCGCCUAUCUCUAUUUUAAUACAACAUGGGCUGGAUAUCUUCUCGAGCCACUACUACGAUAUCAACAGUCUUCGCAGUAUACGAAAACCUACGCCGCUCCAGAUCUCGGCUCGUCAUAUCCAAAUGCCGAAGGAAACAAUAGUCCAUCAAUAUCCGGGGCAAUAGAGGAUUCAGGAGACAUGCUCAUCAUGGGCUGGGCUCAUGCUAGAUUUUCUGGCGAUGGUUCAAUGAUAUCAAGAUAUUAUGAUCUGUAUAAGCAAUGGGCUGACUACCUAGUUUCAGUCACAUUGAACCAGACUGGCUAUACGGAUGCAGAUGGGUUAGACAACACGAACAUGACCAACUUAGCCAUCAAGGGCAUCAUUGGCAUCAAGGCUAUGUCAGAAAUCAGUCAAGCGUUAGGGAGAAGCCAGGAUGCUGAAACAUACUCGUCCAAAGCCCAAUCGUAUGUUGAGCAAUGGCAGAUCUCGGCUGGCUCGACGGGCCACCUGCUCUCUACGUACGGACCAACAGCGGACUCGACAUCUUGGUCUCUUGUAUAUAAUCUUUUUGCGGACAAGUUAUUAGGAACGUCACUUGUCGACUCGAGCGUCAGUACUAACGAGAAUGCUACCCCAUCUAUAUCACUAAUCUCCCUUUCUCAAAAUGUCUUCUUAGACUGGACAAUGUUUGCUGCUGGGGCUUCGAAUGAUACCACCGUACGAGAUACCCUUAUAUCAUUAGUUCACACGAAAGCAGGCUCGAAUGUAUCUGCUGGUGUCUUUCCUUUGACGUACAAUCCUAAUAAUGGGAGUACGAUUAAUGGCCAGGCAAGCCCUGGUCAAGGGGCUAUGUUUUCAUUAAUGGCUUUGAGGUGUGUUAGGUUAUCAUAUAAUCGAACCGUCUCCAGUGGAGAUGGUUCAUCUAGUAGUAAUAAUCAAACGUCUUCAUCUUCAAGUUCGUCCAAUGCCGGUGCAAUUGCGGGUGGCGUAGUCGGCGGAUUUGCCACUCUUGCACUUCUCUUUUGCGGAUUCUUCCUGUAUGGAAGACGGCAACGGCGAAAGCCGGGCAUGUAUAACCAACGAUCUGACUGGUCUUCCUCUACCAGCUAUACUCCCUUUUUUGUCUCCCAACCAUACAACGGUUCUUAUGGUGGGCAGCCAUCCGGCAAGGGAGGGCGACCAAUGAUAUUGUCAAACCCGACUUUUGUGCCAACAGCUGAAGCAUCUACGACAGCCAAUGGAUCACCAAAUGCGAACGGGAGUGGGGGAUCGAACUCGGAUAAUAACACUUCGGUCCAGCUCCGGAGCGAGAUGGAGAACCUACGGAGAGAAGUAGACGAAAUACGGGCGAGAAUGUACGAGCCUCCACCGGAAUACACGUGA